AUGGACAUUAUCGAUGCUGAAAAACGGAAGUCUACAUUUGCUGCAAUUAUCGAAAGUAAUUCUAUUCUGGACUGGCUGAACGGAACUAGUUCAUACAUUCGGGCGCUUCGAGUUAUGGCAUAUAUGUUCCGGUUUUACCAUAUUGCCAAAAAGGAACACCCUGUCGAAAGUUCGCCGCCAUGCCCAGAAGAACUUCGCCACGCGUUGCACUGCAUCAUCAGGAUCAUCCAACAGCACUAUUUCAAGGAAGAUUUGCAAUUGCUAAGGAAACAAAGAGAUUUGAAAAGCAAUCUGAAAUUUCUCAGCCCCUUCAUAGAUGACUCUUCUGGAUACGAGCUCAUUAAGGUUGGCGGCAGACUCGAGCAUGCUGAUAUCCCCUCUCGUCAAAGGCAUCCUUUACUUGUUCCCAAGGAAUCGCAAUUUGUCCACAAUUAUGUUCGGCAUCUUCACUUGCGCAAUUACCAUGCAGGACCAAAGGCAUUAGUUGGACUGCUGCGGCUUCAAUUCUGGGUCAUAAACGCAAGAGCUUUAGCACGCAGCAUUGUUCGUUCUUGUGUACACUGUGUCAGAUAUCGUCCAGUUCUACUUCGUCAAGUCAUGGGUUCCCUGCCACCUGAGCGCUUAUCCACAGACAAGCCAUUUCGCCACGUUGGAGUCGACUUCUGCGGUCCAGUGAACACCUAUCUUCGAAUACGUGGCAAGGGUCCCACAAAAUCCUAUAUCGCCAUAUAUGUCUGCAUGGCCGUAAAGGCCGUUCACAUUGAAAUCGUGUCAGAUCUUUCAACGAAUAAGUUUUUGGAAUCGUUGAAACGCAUGGUUGCCCGUCGUGGACCAGUAUCGCACAUCUAUUGUGACAACGCCACAAAUUUUGUCGGAGCAUCCAACAAGCUACUCGAGUUAAAGAAGUUCAUGUUCAACACUAGCACUCAAGAUGCUAUCCUAUCAUAUUGUUCCUCUGAAGAGAUAACCUUUCAUUUCAUUCCACCUAGGGCUCCACACUUUGGCGGUCUUUGGGAGGCCGCUGUCAAGAGCGCAAAGGGUCUGCUGGUGCGUACCCUCGCUAACACCCGGUUCACCUUUGAGGAACUGAACACCGCAGUCGUUGAGAUAGAAGCAGUACUCAACUCUCGCCCGCUGUCACCGCUAUCAUCUGAUCCCAACGACUUCAGCGCUCUCACUGCAGGACACUUUCUAAAUGGAGAUGCACCGCGCGCUUUGCCCGAGCGUGAGAUUAUCACCAACAACAUCUCCAACUUGGAUCGUUACGAGCAGAUCACAGCUGUUAAACAGCAAUUCUGGCGUCGUUGGUCUGCGGAGUAUGUGAACGAGCUUCGAGCCAGGACAAAGUGGACUUCGGGGUCCCCAAAUCUCACAGUUGACUCUAUGGUCAUCAUACAUGAGGACAACACACCGCCAUUACACUGGAAAUUAGGGCGUGUUGAGUCUGUUGUGAGUGGCAAAGAUGACCGG